AUGUCUUCAUCAUCGCCAAAGAUGAUCGCGUUGCAGAGUUCAGACGGAGAAACCUUCGAGGUGGAGGAAGCCGUGGCCAUGGAAUCGCGGACGAUCAAGCACAUGAUCGAGGACGAUUGCGCGAACAGCAGCAUCCCUAUCCCAAACGUUACCAGCAAUACCUUAACUAAGGUUAUCGAGUACUGCAAGAAACAUGUCGAGGCAAAGAACGACGAAGAAGGGCUCAAAUCUUUUGAUGCUGAAUUCAUGAAGAUCGACAAAGAUACCCUCUACGAUCUUCUCAUGGCCUCUAAUUAUCUCGACAUCAAGUCUCUGCUUGAUCUCGGUUGUCAAACUGUGGCAGACAAGAUCAAGGGUAAGAAUCCUGAAGAGAUCCGUAAGGAGUUCGGGAUCAAGAAUGAUUUCACCCCUGAGGAAGAAGAGGAGAUUCGCAAGGAGAGUCCCUGGGUUUUUGACUGA